CGGCUGGAAGCUCUCCAUGUGACGUAGAGGCCAAAAAAACUGCUUUGCGCCGUGACGUGUCACGGAGGUUUCCGGCCAUGGCGGUUGGCUGAGCUCCCUGAGCGCGCCGUUAACGGCUCCGGUCCGGCGGGGAAAGGGACCCACCGACCCGCACCGAGAUCUAGUCUCUACCGGAUCCUUCACGCUCCAAAAGCUGCAGCACAGACCGCGAGGGGGGCACCGGAGCGUCCAAGUCAGCCCGGGCUUCACGCUCAAACCCCGGACCAAAUAUGGGCUUCCUCCCUGCCAUAUUUGGGAAUGUACGUCACGCAGGAGUCUUUAUAAAGCCGGGAAUCCUCAUUGAAGAAUUCUGACAGGAGUCAGGUUCAAGGUGUCAGCAGUCUAUGGUCAGCACGCGCUCAUGAAAAAACAGACCGGAAACAGACCCUCAUGUUUACUCCCUCUGAUGACUUCAUCACAAACUUUUUAAAAUAAUCCUCCUCUACCCGGGACCAGGACCCGGAUCAACAGACCCUCCAGCCUUGGCUUCCUCAGAGCAUCAGCGGCCCCAGCAGCAGCGUCAGCCCGGCCGGAGCACCUCUCCGACGGGCACAGCAGCGGAGCCCGACCCGGUCCCGGUGCAGAAGCAGCCAGGUGCGCAGCAGCGGCUGAGCUCUAGACCCACUUCCACCUCCUCUUCCUCUUCAUACAGAGAGAUGGCAGCGACCAAAGCGGAGCUGUUCCUCUCCGCCCUGCAGAUCUCGGACCCUCUAGUCGGCCUCCCGCAACCCCUCUCUCCGCUGGACGGCUUCUCGAAGCUGGAGGAGCUGCACAUGCUGCUGCAGAACGCGGCGGCGGGAGGCUCGCUGCUGGCCGCCUCCGCUGCAGAGGGAACCGGGCUGCUGAGCGGAGAGCCUGGGGAGUACGGAGACUCUCUGUCCGAGCUGCCUGACCUGCAGUCCCUCCCCCCUCUUACCCCCCGCCUCACCCCUCUGGCCUACAGUGGACGCUUCUCCUUCGAGCCAUCGGUUUCCAGUAGCGGCUGCGGUAGUGGCCUGUGGGCGGAGCCUCUCCUCAGCCUGUUCACAGGGUUGGUGAGCAUGGCGGCUCCUCCCCCCACAGCCUGCAGCCUGUCAUGUUCUUCAUCCUCAUCAGCCUCAUCACAGUCCCAACAGAGCUUCAGCUGUGGAGGUGGCGAUGUGGCUUCUGUCUUCUCUUCCACGCCAACGUACACCACCACCACCGGCUCUGAGAUGCUCCUCCACCCUGCUGACCCCCAAAACUUUCAGCCGCAAGGCCCCCCUCCCGCAUAUCCCUCCUCCUCCUCCUCAAGGCUGGGUGCCCCCCUACCCCCCCUGGUUGUGCCAAUGCUGCCGGAUUACAUGCUGCCUCAGGUGCCACAGAACGGCGAGCUGAGUGUGGACCAGAAACCCAUCCUAACGCAGACUCAGCCCCCUCUCACCCCUCUCUCCACCAUCAAGGCCUUCUCCUCUCAGAUCCAGCCUCUAAGCUCCGCCAACCAGGACCAGGCAAACAAGUCCAGGACCAGGAAGUUGCCUGCAGGCCGGCAGUGUAAGACGCCACCACACGAGCGUCCUUAUGGCUGCCCAGCCGACGGCUGCGACCGCCGUUUCUCCCGCUCUGACGAGCUGACUCGUCACGUGCGUGUGCACACAGGUCAGAAACCGUUUCAGUGUCGGAUCUGCAUGCGCAGCUUCAGCCGCAGCGACCACCUGACCACGCACAUCCGCACGCACACCGGGGAGAAGCCGUUCGCCUGCGCUGAGUGCGGACGCAAGUUUGCCCGCAGCGAUGAGCGCAAGAGACAUACCAAGAUCCACCAGAGACAACGAGAGCGCAAGAUCUGCUCCCCAUCCACCCCCCUCCCCUACUCCUCCCCUAACACCUCCUCCCCCUGCUCCUCAUACUCUUCCCCCACUCACAGCUCUUCUUCCCCCGCCCCCCUUUUCUCUUCGUCCUGCUUCACCUCCUCCUCUCUGUCUCAGGUCUACUCCUCAUCUCCCUCCCCUAACCUGUACUCCUCCUCCUGCUCCUCCCCCAUGAGCAGCCCUCAGUCUUAGCCCCCCCACACAACUCCAGGAGGCUCACCUGCGGCACCAUGACCUUUGACCUCAGACUGACACUCUGAGCAUGGACACAGACUGCAUGUUUGAUGCCUUGAGGUCAAAGGUCAGCAGAGAUGAGGAACAGCACUUUGUGUUUCUGGAUUAUUUGAGAGGAGAGAGGAGCAGAGAGAGGAGCAGAGAGACGAACUGAGAGAGGAGCAGAGAAAUGAACUGAGAGAGGAGCAGAGAAAUGAACUGAGAGAGGAGCUGGAGGUCUCCCUCUGAGCGGAGGAGAGUUGUUUUUAAGUUCAGACUGUGGACAUUUAGGACUGUACAGAGUAUUCUACCUACUGUGUAGGUUCAGGGAUGUUUAUAUGUUUACGUGCAGCUCAAAGUGUUUUUACAUGUUUCCUCUUUGAUUGAAUAAAGAGUGGACGAACUGCUGCUUUCA